UCGCAAAGUGUUUAGUAAAGUCUGGAACGCUAAGCAGAGUACUUCAAGAUCGUGCUACAAUGUACAACAAAGUUUUGAUUGUCAGCGUGCUGCUCGCUUUCAUGUGUGUGCAGUUCGCCACUUCGCUCACCUGUUACACUUGUGUGACUCCAAAUGAUUGCAGGAGUCCCAAAAAAGUAACUUGCACCAAUGCAGCUGCCAAUGAGACGAGUCAAUAUCUCAACGUUUAUCAUCAGAAUGUGAGAAAUUUGACAAGCUUGAGAUUCGAUUGUCUCGCUCUUAAAUACACAUUCGCAAGCAACACGACAGCCACACAUCAGCUCCAUGGCUGCAUUCAUCCAGAUGUGGCUCCAUGCAGCCUGUCGCUGAGACCGGAGUACAGUUACAAUUGGAGAAGGAGCACCUGCAAUGUCUGCUCGGGCAAUAAGUGCAAUAAGAAUCCAGCUGGAAAAAUGAGUAGCAGUGUCUACACAAUCGCUGCCACUGCAAUAGGCCUGAUGCUGGCCAAGAUAUACGCUUAGAGAACCUAGGAAUAACAAUUAGGAACCAUGAAUACAUCCGACUACUACCUCAAUAGGUAGCAGAAAAUAUAUAUAUUUUUAACUUAAA